CGGGAGGGGCAGAGAGAGAGGGAGACACAGAAUCCAAAGCAGACUCCAGGCUCUGAGCUGUCAGCACAGAGCCCGACGUGGGACUCAAACCCAUGAACCAUGAGAUCGUGGCCUGAGCCGAAGUCGAACGCUCAACCAACUGAGCCACUCAGGCGCCCCAUCCCACUCUUGAUUUUUACACAGGUCAUGAUCUCAUGGUUCAUAAGUUCGAGCCCCGUGUGGGGAUCUGCAAUGACAUUGCAUAACCUGCUUGGGAUUCUCUCUUUCUCUCUGCCCCUCCCCAACUAGUGUUCAUGAUCUCUCUCCCUCCCUCUCUCUCUCUCUGUCAAAAUAAAUGAACUUAAAAAACGGGGGGGGGGCACCUGGGUGGCUCAGUCAGUUAAGCGUCCAACUUCAGCUCGGGUCACGAUCUCGCAGUUCAUAAGUUUGAGCCCCACGUGGGGCUCUGUGCUGACAGCUGGGGGCCUAGAGCCUGCUUCAGAUUCUGCGUCUCCCUCUCUCCCUGCCCCUUGCCUGCUCACACUCUCUCUCUCUCUCUCAAAAAUAAACAUUAAAAACAAAAACAAAACAAAAAGGGAAAAUAUUAAUUACUAACAAAAGGAAACAUUCACUCGUCUUAUCUCUAAGGAUUUGGAAAUAAUGGUACUUAUUAUUGAAAAGCAAGGAUAAUGGAAAAUACUUAAUAGUAGACUGACUUGCUUUAAGAAUUAACAUUCUGCAUGUAAAGUGCAAUGCAAUCCACACAUGCACACAAUGCCUGACACACAACAGACUUGGUGAAUUAUAAUGAACUGAGCGAAUGGAGAUGAAGAAAGGAAAGAGAGAAGGAAGGAAGAAAUUAGCCAAGAGCUGGGCCUUAGGAAACAAGGUACGAUUCAUCGUUUCAAUGACCCUAGGCAAGUAUCUUAACCUGAGCCUCAGUUUCUCAUCUGGUAAACAGAAGCAAUGUCCACCUCACUGGUUUGUUGUGAGAAACCGAAUAAUGCAGGUAGAGAGAGAUGUGGUUAAAAGCACCUGACAGUCAUAAGACCUGGAUUGUAGAUCAGGUUCAAUUCCACACAAUAUAAUUCACUCAAAUAUUUACUGAGCACUUAUUAUUUGCCUGGCAUUGUAUUCCAGGUGCUGGAAUUGGAUAAAAAUUAAUAAGACAGCUAGGUUUGUCCCUUGUAUAGGGCAACUGGGAUGGAAGCAGACCCAGAUUCUGAAUCAGAGCACUUUUAUUUUACCUACAUUCAAAAGAGGUCCCCCCAAAGUCCCUGAGUCAUGCCAGUCUUUGCCCUCAAGAAACUCAUAGUCUCUUAAGGGACACAAACCUGUAAACCAAAAAUUCCAUAGCAGCAUGCUAAACACAGCAAUGGUGGUAUAUAAAAUAUGUACGGAGGGAAUAAGGAAGGGCUGAGGAACUGUAGAGGGGGAGUCCGGUAAAGGGUCCUGAAGCGGAUGCUGUCUCACUGAAUUAUGGAAAACAAACAGGAGUUCCUACAGAGAGAAAAAGAAAGGACAUUUUAGAUAACAGGAAGCAUUACAUGCAAAGCCAAAUAAAUAGGAAGUUGCUAGUUCCAGGUUCUGCCAUUAACUGACUUUAUUUACCUUUAUGGAAUUUCCCCAAGUCCCUCCAGCUUCCAGUUUUCUCAUAUUAGAAAAUGAAGUUUGGGGGGGGGGGAAGAGGCAACAUAUAUUUUCUGUAAGGGGCUUUCUAACCGGUACCUCCCCACUGAAGCAGAGAGAAAAGGGUAGCGUUGGAAACAUCACGUGCUAUUUUUAGGGUAUGAGCUAGAGGCCCCAUCUUUUGUGACAAAAGAUGAUCGUCUGCAGUCGUCCAGAAAGUUUUGCGUAAUUCACCCACUUCACCAGUAUUUAUGGCAUUGACUGAGCCAGGCUGUAUGCUAGUACGGAGGCCACCAUCCAGCAGAGGGAGACGUGUAAAAAGUACACGAAUACCAUGGAAACCAUAUUGGUCGGCUCAUGGCGGGUGCGUGGAAGCAGUAAAAUAGAAGAACCUAGGGCAUGUCCCUGUGCAGGGUGACAGGAUUUAGCUCCUACCAAAAAGGAACUUCCUGCUUCCUCAUCCUGUUUCACCUUCUCCAACAGGCCGCUAGCAUUUUCCACCACCACCAAUUCUCCCUGGGCAGGGCGACCAGGCGUCCUCUCUUCACCUGCAACCUUUUCCAGGCCUGUGUAAGGGGCUCCAGGCACGCAGAGUGGAUGCAGGUCCCAAGACUGACCGGAGGGUCACACCCAAGCACCCACUGCAGGGGCCCCAGCGGCGGCGGGCAGGGGUGACUUGGAAGGCGGGCUGUCCCCUGGCUCCAGGGGUUGGGCUCUAGGCCGGCUGGGCGGGACUCAGGCUGCCAGUAUAAGACAGGAGCGCCACUGUCCUGGCCAGAGUGCUGAAGCUGGCGCCCCAGCCAGGACCGCGAGGCAGCCGGCCCUGAACUUGCAACUCUCAACCCACAGUGACUGAAGAAGAAGGAAAGGAGGGCCUCCUGCCACCACUCUCAGCCUCAGCCUCGGAGGAUGCGGCUCCUCGGGAGACUCCGCGCCUCCACUCCGGAGCCCGCUUUCUCCAACGUGCUCACUCCGGACCGCAUCCCCAAGUUCUGCAUCCCGCCGCGGCUGCCCGCGUCCUAUGCGCCCGAGUCUCCGCCUCCGGUCGCCGCUCUGCCCCGGCGCUGCGCAGCCGAGCCGGACCUGUGGCCCAGAGGAGCCGACGACAGCGCGGGGCACACGGACUGGGACCCGCGCUCGCAGGCAGCCCUAUCGCUGCCGCACCUGCCCCGCGCGCUCACCGCCUACGGCUUCUGCGCGCUGCUCGAGAGCCCGCACACCCGCCGCAAGGAGUCGCUCUUCCUCGGGGGCCCUGCAGCCGCCCGGCUCGUGCCCCAGGACUCGGCUCCUGCCUCCGCCCCCGCGCUCCCCGCGCUCCCCGCGGGCCCGCGCACCACCCCGGACGCGCCCGCCCCGCCGGCCCGCGCCCGCCGCCUCCUGCGCGCCCCCGAACGGCUGCUGAGCCGCGCGCUGCGGGCCCGGACGAGCCGAGGCCUGGUCCGCGCCCCCUCCGUGUCCAGCGGGGACGGCGACGAGGACGAGGAGCGCGGCGCCGUCUCGGGCCCCCCUUCCCAGGCCCCCUCCGCGUCCCCGCCGCCGCCGCCCUGCCCCGGCCCGCGUCCCGAGCGCCUGGAGGCCGAGGGCACCGUGGCCCUGGGCCGCGCCGGGGGCGCCCUGCGCCUGGCCGCCGAGUACAGUCGGGCCAGCGGGCGGCUCCGCGUCCGGCUGCUGGGCACCGAGGGCCUGGCCGCGGGAGCCGCCGAGCUCCCCGCCGUCGGCUGCCGCGUCAGCUUCGUCCUGCGGCCUCCGGGCCCGCCGCGCUCGCAGCGCAGCGCCGUGGUCCGGCGGAGCCGCAAGGCCGCCUUCCACCAGGACUUGUGCUUGGACGGGCUCUCGGAGGAGCAGGUGCGCCGCCUGGCCGUGCGCGUCAAGGCCGAGCAGCGGGGUCGCGGCCUGGAGCGGGGCCGCCCGCUGGGCCAGGGCGAGCUGCUGCUGGGCUCCCUGCUGCUGCCCUGAGGGCGCCCGGGGCUCAGACCGCCACCUCGGGGCGCCCUCGGACCGCUGGCAACUCGGACACCGAAAGCCGCUUCGGACAAAAUAAACGUUAUUUAUUCAUUUUUCAAUUUAUGUUCUUGCUUUAUUGACAUUUUAGUUCCUAGGUAUCUGUUUUUGUCACUGUUUAUUGGUAGUGAAGGAAAAAUUAAGGAUGCUUUUCUCUAUUCAUAGCUUACCGUCCUUUUUUCCUAGACCAUUUUUGCAUUCAAAGGCAAAAAGGUGAGCUUGUGGCUGGAAGGGAGAAAAAGGAACUAUACCCAAUCUGCCUUGAUUAUCCUCCUUGUUUUUUAUGUCAAUACUAAGGGUCUCUUACUGCUUUUUCAGUUAUUCCUUCAGAAUCAUGCCCAGUGCUAAGGUUCACAUAGAGUUUGACAUAUUUGAUGUGGCAUAGGUUCUAUUCGUGCACACACACAUCAGAGUCAGACAUUCUGUAGUAAGGAUAUCUUGGUGGGUAAAGAAUUUCUUUCUUAUUAGGAAAACAGGUUUCUUUUGAAAGUGAAGUCUUUAAAAAAAAUGCUAAGGAAACGAAAAGCAAAGGAAGUGAAGGUCUUUCAAAGGAAGGUAUUCCUGGCAUCUCCCUCUUCCUUCUCCAGUAGGAGCCCUGGGAAAUCUUGCCGGUUCGGAAAAAUCUUUUCUGCCUCUGUAAACGUAUUGAUAUAUGUGUGGUAUUGUUUCCACCUAGCUCUGCAUGUAAGUGAUAGUAAUUAAUGCAUCUACAAUAGGAUUUCCUAGAUGAAUUGGAACAAACUGUCAACUUUUUGAACACUGGAUUUUAAGAGGUUUUUAAAUUUCUUUUCUUUUUUUUUUUUUCAACAAAUAGACCUGAGUCCACUGGAAACUGAUUUCUAUCAGGAGGAUUUGCCCUUGACUAUAGGCAUCUAUGGUGUGAUAGAAAGCACAAUGAGGGGAUGGGGGUGGGGGAUACAGAUUCCAGUCUUUUUUCUGCCACUAGCCUGAACUAGGGCAGAUCAGUUCAUGUUCCUGGACCUCAUUUCCUACAUCAGUGAAAUGGGGAUACUAACACCUGCUUGACAGGGUUUUGUAAAAAUAUGCUUUAAUAUCGAAAUAAUCCUUAAAUACACGUGAAAUGUGGCAGCAUACCUAAAAAGGCUGGAACUGUAUGGUGAACAGGUGCCCAAUAACAUUCCAGGAAAUGGACUCUUUCACUUCUGCUUUCUUUCCAAUUGUUCCUUCCCGGUCGUGGAGUGGAGCCUAGCAGAAUGGCUGGCUGGCUGCCUGAGACUGAGGAUUUAGGGGAGCCAGGAGUGGGAAUAUACAACCCUUCAGGAUUCCUCUGGUAAUAAGCAAUAGUUUGGACUCAUUCUGCAUCAAAAAACCCUUCAGCACUGUUAUUGCAAUGAGGUUCUGGGUACAAAUCAUAAUAUACAUAAAAUCCUGGAUUUUAUAUUAUUUUAUUUUUACUUUUUUUUUUCUAUUUCAGAGAAAGAGCACAAGUAGGGGAGAGGGGCAGAGGGAGAGAAUGAUUGAGAGAGAGACAGAGACAGAGAGAGAGAGAGAGACAGAGAGACAGAGAGAGAGAGGGUCUUAAGUAGGCUCCACGGUCAGUGGGGAUGCCUAUACGGGGCUCCAUCCCUUGACCCUGGGACAAUGGCCUGAGCCAAAAUCAAGAGUGGGACACAACCUACUGAGCCACCCAUGUGCCCUCCAAAUCCUGGAUUUUGAACAUAAUUUCAAAGUGGACAGAUUAGCCCUUCGAAAUCAUCUGAUCAAAUAACUUCUGAAAUUGAGAAAAUACCACAAAGUCGACUUGCCUGAAGUCAAAUAGCUCGUGACUGGCUCAGCUCAGAUGAGAACCAAGGUGUCCUGACUUCUCCAGAGGAUGGUGUACCCUUUGCCCUCUCAUUCAGCAAUGAUAAGUUGAGCCCUUUCUCUGUGACAGACACAAUACUAAGCCCAGGGGGUGCAGCUAUGAAGAAGGCAGAGAAGAUUCCUGUUCUCCCAGGACUCACAGUUUUAGUGGGGGUAGCCAACAAUAGCCAAGUUUGGUCAUUACAGAUUGUGGUGACCAUCAUGAAGACAGUAAACUAGGGGAGGGUGAGAGAGAAGUGUCAGAUGGGAUGCUUUCAGAGAUAGAGUAGUCAGGAAAGUUCUCCCGAAGAUUCGAGGAAGGAAUCCUACACAAGAGAAACCUAAUCUAUACGAAUAACCACUUCAUGUGUCCAGAGGACCCCUUAAUACAUCCAAGCCAGAAUUCUUGAUUUUCUUCUCCCAAAUCUCCUCCUCCCCUCGUCUUCCUUAUUUCAAUAAAUGGUACCACUAUUA